CAAACAUUAGUAAAACUGCGCGGACACAAGUGUUACAUUGGUUUUCUAAGGGCUGUGGACCAGUUUGGUUUGUGUGUUUUCUUACAUCAUUUUUUAGGCAACAUUGUUUUAAGUGAAGCCAUCGAACGUGUGUUUGUUGGGACAAAAUAUGCUGACAUAAACCUUGGUAUUGUACUGGUUCGCGGUGAGAACAUCUCGCUCAUUGGUGAGCAGAAACAAGAUUACAAUGUUCCGUCGACAUUUGAGAAAGUGUCUGAAGAAGAAAUUUUCACCCUGCAGGCCAAACUCAUAGCCGAGCGCAAAGAAGCCCACAAGCGGCGAGCUGACUUACUUGCCUCCCGUGGUAUAGCUUGGUUGGACCAUGACUUCUUGGACGACGUGUAA